AAGCCGACAGAAAGAAACGUGCGUGAUUCGUGCUCCUGAGUUUCGUGAUGGCCACGCAGGAACAGCUUGAACUGUCCGGGUUGAUAAAAUCCGUCCACCAGCGUCUUCGCGACUCGGCCAAACAGCAAGACCCGGAAGCAGUAUGGAAGGAACACGUACGCGAUGCCGGACUGCUGAAAAGCUACGCCGAAGCGAUGCACAAACUGGCCACCUGCUACUGGGACCGGACGAUGGAGGUAAGCUGCAAACGAUCAAACAGCCGCAUCGAAUGGGUGGUGGCGUCCUGCCGGAGCUACUUUCAUGGAGCGACCCCCCUGCUGUACCUGUUCCGCGAGAAGGAUGACAAGGUGAUGCAGGCAAUCGACGGCAUCGGCCACCAACCCGACCAUCGUCCGUACACGAUCGAUCGAAUACGGCUGCUCGAUGUGGGAAGCUGUUACGAUCCGUUCGCGUGCUUUCCGGAUUUCGACGUAACGGCCAUCGACAUCGCACCGGCCUGUGCGUCGGUAUGGCAUUGUGAUUUUCUCGAAGCGGAAGUGUUGAAGAGUCUUACAGAACCGCUCAUAUCGGUCGAGCACCGUUCGAUCGAUGCGUUCCCCAGCGAACAGUACGAUGCGAUCGUGUUUAGCUUGCUGCUGGAGUAUCUGCCCUCUCCGGACCAACGGUUGCGAUGCUGCCGGAAAGCGUACGAGCUGCUGAAACCGGAAGGCAUCCUGCUGAUCAUAACGCCGGACAGCCGGCACCAGGGAGCGAAUGCAAAGCUGAUGAAGAACUGGCGCUACACGCUGGGGCUGAUGGGGUUCGGGCGCAUCAAGAUAGAGAAGCUGGAGCACGUGACGUGCAUGGUGUACCGGAAGUGCAUCUUUCCGGCGGUGAGCAAACGGUGGUGUGACAUACAUCGGGAAGCGUACAUGCAGCCGGUGUUGAACAUUCCGCAGGAUUUUAACGAGUCGAAGGUGGAUAGGCGGGAGCAGGAGGACGAAAUGGCAGUUUGCCGAACAGAGGAGGACGAGGGUGAAAUAAGGGAAGCGUUUGCGGGGUUACCAUUUUUGGAUAGUUAAUAAAACCAAUGCGCUAUAUUA